AUGAAGAGGACCUACCUGACGCCCAGCGCAACGUCGCGCAAGGCCGUCCCCGCGUCCAUUUCCCGCAAGCUUAAGCGCCGCCACUCCGCCGCUUUCGAUGAUGAGGAUUACGCAGAGCCUACCAAGGAAGUGCUCGAUGAGAUUGAGAACAAGCGACGGAGCAACACCCUCGCGGCGCGGCGGAGCCGCAAGCGCAAGCUUGAGCAGACGAAGGGCCUGCAGGACACGGUCGAUGAGCUUAAUACUCUCGUGACGAUUUGGAGGCAGCGCGCGCUGAUGGGGCAGAGUUUGCUCAAGCAACGCGGAAUCGUGCUGGACUUUGGCAAGGCGUAG